AUGAAAUCUCAAGAGUUACCUUUUCAAAAAAGAACAGAGCCAAAGACAGAUUCAUCUCUCUUUCAAUACCUCUCUUCAUUUACAACAAAUGUUAUGAAUCAGUUAUCUUCUUCAUUUGUUCCACAUUUUACAUAUAGUGGGAAUCCUUAUGUUUAUAAUGCUGUUUGUGAUUGUCUCAAUGAAUUGGAUUAUAGUCGUUUAGAAUAUCAAUGCAAUAAUGGUAUUCCAGCUGAAUUACGUGCGUAUGUUUGGUAUGCAUUAUUACUUCGUCCAUCAAACCCAUGGGAAAUUAAACACCUUUAUUCUGAAAAAAAUGGAAAAGAAUAUAAGUCUUUACAAUCAAUGUUAAAUACAUUAGUUGAUAAUGAACAAAGUUUACAAGAAGGAGUUUUUCAAAUGUCUAAAAUUGAUCAAAAAACUUUAAGGGUAAUAGAGUGUGAUAUUAUUCGUACUUUUCCAGAAGGGGCAGAAUACCUUUUUAAAGAACCAAAAAUUAUUGAAAUGCUUCGUCGAAUAUUACAAAUAUAUUCAAUUAUUCAUGUUGACCGAGGAUAUUUCCAAGGAUUAAAUGAUAUUGUUGGUAUUAUUAUAACUGCAUUUAUGGAACCUAAACAAGAAAAUGGAGUGUUUGUUGUUCCCAAAGACGAGAUAUUAUUUCAAGUUGAAACAACAGUAUAUUUUUCACUUGAAAAGAUAAUGGAUAAACUCUAUAUAAAUCAUUCAACGCAAUUUCAUGUAGAUUUAUUAUGGACAGAAUUUGUUGAUAUUGUUGAUCGCUAUUACAGUUUAUUUUCAGUUGACCCCAAACAACCUAACCUUGAUAUUGUAAGACAACAAUCAUAUAGAUGGUUUGUUUGUCUUUUUUGUAGGGAAUUUCAUUUUCAUUUAACACUUGCUUUAUGGGAUAAUUUCAUGUUAGACAAUGGGUUUAGAACGUUUAUUAUUUACUUCGCCUUUGCAGUACUUAUUAAUAUCACACGUUCUUGUGACUCUUCAGAUCUUGAAAAAUUUAAUAAAUCAACGAAAGAAUUUUAUAAUAAAAUGACUGAAAGUAAUCUAAGUUAUUUGAUUACUAGCGCUUAUAGUUAUAAAGGAACAAUAGCAUCAUUACAAUCUUCAUAA